ACCAUUUGCUGACAAUUUGACUUGCAAAUCAAUCGGUUAAUUUAAUAUAUUUCACGAUGUAUGCAGAUGUCAACAAACAAGUCAUUUCCGAUGCUAAUUUUUGUAGCGAUCAGGAUAUAUCAGGGAAAAGUAAAGUAACAAGUAUAGAUACUGAAAAUCAAACUAUAUUGAAACUGCAGACCAAAGAAGAGAAAGUGUACAAGACUGACAUUCCAUGUAAUACUACUAACAAAAAACAUGUAGGAGAGAAAUGCUUUAUGUGUGAUAUUUGUGAUUAUACGUGUAGUACAGACAGUUAUCUGAAAAAACACAUGAGAAUACAUACAGGAGAGAACUACUUCAAAUGUGAUACAUGCGAGUACUCCAGUAAUUUAAAAUAUAAUUUGAAGAUUCAUAUGAAGAAACAUACAAGAGUAAAAUCUCUUAAAUGUGACGUUUGUAAUUAUGCAUGCUAUCACAGAGGUCAUCUGAAGAUACAUAUGAGAAAACAUGCAGGAAAGAAAUACUUCACAUGUAAUGUUUGUGAAUACGAAUGUAAAUCAGGUAGUGAUUUGAAGAGACAUAUGAAAAUACAUACAGGAGAGAAGUCUUUUAAAUGUGAUGUUUGUGAUUUCGCUAGCUAUUCAAGAGGAAAUCUGAAGGCACAUAUGAGAAUACAUACGGGAGAGAAAUCUUUUAAAUGUGACGUUUGUGAUUACGCUAGCUAUACAAAUGGAAAUCUGAAGGAACAUAUGAGAAUACAUACAGGAGUGAAAUACUUUAAAUGUGACAUUUGUGAAUACGGCUGUAAUUCAGGCAGUAAUUUAAACAAACAUAAGAGGUUACAUACAGGAGAAUGCUUUAAAUGUGAUACAUGUGAUUACACCAGUAAUACAAACUAUAGUUUGAAGAGACAUAUGAGAAUACAUACAGGAGUUAAAUCUUUCAAAUGUGAAGUUUGUGAUUAUGCAUGCUAUUCAAAUGGAGAUUUGAAGGUACAUAUGAGAAUGCAUACAGGAGAAUGCUUUAAAUGCGAUACAUGUGAUUACACCAGUAGUACAAACUAUAGUUUGACGAGACAUAUGAGAAAACAUACAGGCGAGAAACCUUUUAAAUGUGACGUGUGUGAUUAUGCAUGCAGUUCAAAUGGAAAUUUGAAGGUACAUAUGAGAAUACAUACAGGAGAGAACUGCUUCAAAUGUGAUUCAUGCGAUUACACUGGUAAUACAAAGUAUAGCCUGAAGACACAUAUGAGAAUACAUACAGGAGUGAAAUCUUUUAAAUGUGACGUUUGUAAUUACGCAUGCUAUCAAAGCAGUAAUCUGAAGAGACAUAUGAAAAAACAUUUAAGAAAGGAAUACUUCAAAUGUAAUGUCUGUGAAUACAGAUGUAAUUCAGGCAGUAUUCUUAAGACACAUAUGAGACUACAUACAGGAGAGAAAAUGUUUUAAAUGCCACACAUGAAUCUAAUUCAAGCAGUAGUCUAAAGUUUCAUAUGAGAAAACAUAUGUCACAUUGUGAGUGAAAUCUUUUGAAUAUGAGAAUACACACAAGAGUGAAAUCUUUUAAAUGUGAUAUAUGUGAUUAUGCAUGUUAUAAGGAAGCAGACAGGGGAGAAAACUUUUAAAUGUUAUCUUUGUGAUUAUGAAUGUUAUCAAAACCGUGAUUUGAAAGCACGUACAGAGAAUACAACAGAAAAGAAAUGCUUCAAGUGUGAUACUUGUGGUUAUAUGUGUUAUAAAAUGAGUCACAUAUGAGAGUCCAUACAGGAGAAAAAGCAUUACGUGUGAUGUUUGAAUAUGCAUGUAAUACAAACUAAUCUGAAGUUACAUCAGAGAAUGCAUUCAGGAGGGAAAUAAUUUAAAUGUGAUUGUCAUUACAUGUGUAUUUCAAAUAGUUAUCUGAACAACCAUGUGAGAAAACAUACAGAAGAGAAAUAAUUCACAUUUAAUAAAAUCUGUAAAUACAUGUAUGUAAUUAUGCAAGAAAUAAAGACAGUAAUCUGCUAACACAGAUGAGAAUACAUAUUGGAGGGAAGAAUUAUUUUAACUGUUGAUAAACAUGGGGUAAUUAAAAAUGUAAUUGUAAUCAAUCACAAUUAAAUUACAUUUCCGAAGUAAUUGAAUGUACUUUGUAAUUGGGUCAUUUAUCAAUUACAUUUAAUUGUAAUUUAAUUAAUUACCGAGCAGUUUUAGGAUGUAUUUGACAAUUACAUAAAAUUCAAUUACUUCCCAAUUACAUGGCACAUGCUAAUCCAAUUUGUUGAACAAAUAGUACUGUACGUAUAUAUAUACGUUUAUUACCAGUGACACUUCACUUUAACAUGCUAAUUUGCAUUUCGUAGCUGUGAAAAAAAAACAAUAGAAUAUUGUGAUAGAUGUUAAUCCCUUGGACAUAGCUCCUUUGUUCCGAUAUAAUUGUUUUAUUAGAACCAACUGGUAAUCUUUGUUGAUGUUUGUCACUAUGGUUUGGAGAAAAUGAUCAAAUUAUGAUUUGAAAUUGUUAUAAGCAUCAUUAUUAUUUACAUUUUUAUCGGAGCAAAAGUUGAAAUGCUUAGCAUUUAGUUUAAUCAUUUUUUAUCUGUGAUAAAAUUUGUUGUAUUAAAUGAUACGAACAACAUAGCAUUUGACACCACAGUUGUACAAGAUAAAAAAUAUUAUUAUUAUUAUAGACAUUAUGAGUAUUCUACAGUUUUAGUGACAUAGAUAUUCUAGGAUGGCUCAUGAAUGUUUUGCAACUUAUUUUCAGUGUGGCCCUUCAGAUAACAUUGUAGUGUAAGAAUAAAAUUUUAAAUAUAUAUGUUUAAAAUGAAAAUGAUUAAACACUUCAC